GGGAGAGCCGACAGUAUAACCGCUUUGGCGCAGAGCUUGAACGUGAACCUUCUAGCAUUCUGGCUCAAGAGAGGCUAAGAAUCAUGGUCUAUCCACGGAGGCGAAUCGGUUGCAUCCCGCUCUGGGAUAUCCGCUGAUAACGUCUCGUGCCUCGUGGAGCGGUACAAAUGCCUGGCUGUCCGCUGUCCUCUCGACUGUCAGUCCGAUCAACUCUGCUCCUGUAGACUGUCCAAUUCCUCGCGCUGGAGCGCUACUGUUGAUACUUAACGGACCAGCUAUAGCCAUGGCCUCCAAGCGGGACCAGAGCACUUACCCCGACGCUGCGGCUGAAAAGCAGCAGCUCCCUAUCGACAGCGUGACGAACAGUGUCGACGGGCCUGUCGAGAUCGUGCCACUGGAAAAUCUUCCCAAGAGUCGUUGGGAGCGCAGUUGGCCUACCAUUGCUUGUGGUGCUGGUCUCUUUUCCGACGGUUAUCUCAAUGGGGUGAUCGGGUCCGUGAACACCAUCCUGGGUAUCCUCUAUCCCAAGGAAUAUGAAAACUCUCCCGCUAGCCAGAAUGUUUCGUCCAUCACCUUCGCGGGAACGGUGCUGGGGCAGCUCGUGUUUGGAGUUGUCAGUGACCACUGGUCGCGCAAAUGGGCGCUGAUGAUUUCCACUAUCAUUCUCAUCAUCUUCGCGGCGCUCUCUGCCGGUUCUUACGGGUUGGACGGUAGCAUCUAUGGCAUGUUCGCCGCGCUGACUGCCUAUCGUUUCUUCCUCGGAGUGGGCAUUGGCGGAGAAUACCCUGCGGGGUCCGUCGCGGCGGCCGAGAGCACGGGUGAACUGAAGAAGGGUCAUCGCAACCGUUGGUUCAUCAUGUUCACCAACUUUCAGAUCGAUGCCGGAUUCGUUGUUGCCGCCAUUGUCCCAAUGAUCCUGGUGCUUAUCUUCACGGAGGAUCAUUUGCGGGCUGUCUGGCGUGUGGCUCUGGGGCUCGGGGUCAUUCCACCCCUCAGUCUGUUCUAUCUGCGAUUGAAGCUGAAUGAACCCGAGGAGUUCAACCGGGAGCGGAUGCACAAGUACCCUGUCUGGCUGAUUAUCAAGUACUACUGGUGGCGUCUGAGUGUCGUCUCCUUGAUCUGGUUCGUCUAUGACUUCUCGUCGUAUUCAUUCUCUAUUUACUCGUCCAAGUGGAUCAACAUUAUCAUCGGCGGGGAGGCUCCGCUGUGGCAGCAGUUUGGCUGGAACACCCUUGUCAACGCCUUCUACAUCCCUGGCUCGUUCCUGGGAGCGUUUGUGAGCGACUGGCUGGGCCCCCGCAACGCACUGGCCUUUGGAGUUCUCGCUCAGGGAAUCAUUGGAUUCAUCAUGUCGGGCUGUUACGCAUGGCUGGCCACUCCGCAGUACGUUGCUGCGUUCGUUGUGGUCUAUGGAAUCUUUCUGUCUCUUGGUGAGCUUGGUUCUGGUAACAACAUCGGACUGAUUGCCUCCAAAACGAGUGCUACUGCCAUCCGUGGCCAGUACUAUGGGAUCGCCGCCGCGAUGGGCAAGAUUGGUGCCUUCGUGGGAACGUAUGUUCUCCCGAUUGUUCAGAAGAACGCCCCCAACCCGACCCGUUCUGGACAGGAUCCUUUCUUCGUGUCGAGUGCGCUGUGCAUCUUCAGUGCGGCGCUGGCGUUCUUCCUGCUCCCGCAUAUUGGACAGGACACGAUUACGGAGGAGGAUCUUAAUUUCCGUGCCUAUCUCGAGGCGAAUGGCUACGAUACUUCCAACAUGGGCAAUAGGGACGCCAAGGAGCGAACCCCCCAGAACGCUGCGCCUGAAGUCACCGCGGAAGUAUGAGUCUCUUAAAAUCUUGAACCAGGACCGCACGGCAGACGACAGUGAGUACCAGUCUCAUCACCUUCUGCACAUGUCCAGUAAUACGGUACCGCCCACACUCCGGGG